UCCCUUUUACAUCCCCGUCUUCGCGUUUUAACGGUGCGAAAUGAUGCUGCUGCGUUUCUUUUAGCCUUCCGGCUUUAUUUGAUUAUUUACAGUUAGGCGAAGUUAUUUACUACAAAAUUCAUUCCCAGGUGAUUUGGAAAUUGUUAUUUUCGCUUAUAUUAAAGGCAAAAUGAUUCCAAUCCGAUAUACACGUAACCUCUUCCUGAGGGGUAUGUGUGUGGUAUACCUCUUCUCGUUUUUAUCAUUUUACAUACAAAUUCCUGGUCUGUACGGCGAUAAUGGCAUCCUACCGGCACGAUCUCUGCUCGAGAAUAACAAGUACAAGAGUUGGUCGGCGAAGGUGCACUACCAGCCGACUCUGCUGUGGCUCGCACCGUAUUUGGGCCUCGACACACAGUACGCGUUGGACGUGCUAGCUUUACUGGGAAGUUUUCUCGCGUUUAGCGGGUUCGUUUCGCAGAAGUUUUGCACGUUGCCGCUGUUUGCCGGAUUGUGGUCGCUGUACUUUUCGCUCUACCAGGUCGGGCAGGUGUUUGUCGCGGCUGAAAGCUUUUUCAGGGACAAUCUACUGCUGGAGGCCGGAUUUUUAUGCUUGUUAAUCGCACCGUUGCUACCAGGGAGACGUAACAAUACGCCGGCAUAUGUGAAUCACGUAUCCUUUUGGUUAGUACGUUGGUUGCUAUUCCGGUUUCUGUUCACUACAGGCGUGGCGAAGGUCUAUAACGGAAAUUGGUGGGAUCUUAACGCGUUCGCGUAUCACUUCGAGUCGAUGGAAUUACCUAGCCCACUGUCGUGGUACGCCCACCAUUUACCGAUAUGGGUGCUGCGCAUGAUCACAAUUUGGCAUAUCGUAACGCUGACUGUUCUCCCAUUUUUAUUCUUCGUUCCCAUACGAAGCGUACGAAUUAGUAGUUACUCCGUGCAGCUUCUCCUGCAAAUAUUUACGGUUCUUACGGGCAAUUAUAACUUCUUAAACCUGCUGAUUGUGACCCUACUGCUGUCGUUGUUAGACGAUAAGUUAUUCUUUGGGAAAUCGCAGUUUAAUACGGGAAAAUGGACGGCCAUCUUUGGACAAAUCGUGAAUCUUCUCGUUCACGCCGCGUUGAUUUACGCGGUUGUUGUGGUGUUCAAUUUGCGAUUCAGUGGCUCGCAGGUUGAUGCUAAGAUUGAUAUUUCCAAAGAUCAACUGAGUCAAGUGGUCAAACAGAGCCUAUUCGUCGCCGCCUACGUUGGACUUGCAUCACUCACCCUUAAAAUAGCUCGUUCCGUUUCCUACGCCGUCAUGGAUACGCCGGGCGUUUUCUCUAAAUUCAUCGCCCUCAUUCGCACGAUCUUUUACGCUGCGUUGGCAAUGCUGAUCUUCAUCAGCAGCUCGGUGCCGCUCUCGUCUCUACAUACCGCAACGAACUCGACCAUCUCGCCGGCAUUGCGUACCGUACAUAAUCGGCUGGGUAAAUUGCAAAUAGUCAACAACUACGUGGCACCGACGGCAUCGUCGACGAAAGGAGGACGAUUGGAGAUCAUUUUGGAAGGUGCCGAUAACAUCGACGGACCUUGGCUCGAAUAUUACUUUUUGUACAAGCCCGGAAACGUUAAUCACUCGCUGCCCUUUGCAGGACCUUAUUCCCCACGACUUGAUUGGCAAAUGCAUUGGGCCGCUCAAUCCAAUUACAAGGACCAACCGUGGCUCCUAUCUCUGGUCCAUCGCAUGCUUCAGGGCCGCCCCGAAGUGCGUAGCCUACUAGACCGCGCUCACUCCCCGUUUCAGGGCAAACCUCCGAAAUAUAUCCGCGGAAAUUUGUACAAUUACAAGUACACGCCGUGGAGCGAAAGUCGCAGGUGGCAAUCGGCGUGGUGGAAACGUGAAAAGGUCGGCGAAUACUUUCCGGCGUUCUCGAAGGACUCGGCCGCGCUCGUCGACUACCUGAAGGCCCGCAAUCUGCUGCCGACCCCCGCGAAGGACGCCGUAAAUCCGAUUUGGAAGCAAGUCUUGGACAGCGUCAGGUACGUAACGUCCCACCUCGAGGCGACCCUCUUACUCUGGUCCGUCUUUACUGCGAGCUGCGCCAUCAUCACCACGACAGCGAAGUCUAGAUAAGCUUUUAAGUUUCGUUUUCAUACGCUUUAACAGGAAAACAAAAGCAAUCUCACUUACGUUUUUGACUGAACUAUGUACAACUAAUUUAAUUCUUUUUAUACCUCUUUUUGUAAAUGGUGUUGAAACGCACGAAUCCCUUGAAUGCAUUUAUUUGAGAGUAUAAUUGUGUAGAGGAUGUGAUUAGAAAUUGCAUUUUAGUGUUAGUGUGUCUAAACUUUUCAGUUUACUGCGUCCCACCUCUUUGAUGUGUAAAUUUUUAGCUGGGGCGCAGUAAAUCGAAAAUGCUAAAACCGAUCACGGAAUAAUUAAUUGUAUUUCACGUGAUAAAUUGUCUUAUUUUUAAUAUGCCUUUUUUUUAAAUUCAAAUUGUCUAAUUGUGUUAAAUAAAGUAUGAAAAAUGA